AGAUGGGGGUGCUUUUUGUGUAUAGGUUUGUGUCGGAAAAGAGUCGCGUCCCCUUUAAAGCAGAGCUGCCUGCUUCACCGCUGGCCCCGCCUCCCGGAGGACGACACGCCGCGCCGCUUGCGAAGCCCCUUUUUAAUUGAAGCUGUCAGGCUGCAGCCCGCGAGGAAGGAAGCGAGCGGGGGGUAGGAACGGAUAAGACAGAGAGAAAGCUAGCUAGCUAGAUGGACAGAUAAGUAGACAGACAGACAGGGAGGGGGACAGGCGGACUGAAGGACCGAAGUGGUGGUGGAGGCGGCGGCGGCGGCAUCAGCUACAGCAGUGGCGCGGGGCGGGAGGAGGCAGGCACAGCGGAUCCGGUCCCAUUGUUGAUGACCCCAACCUCGAUCCAUUGGGGCGGUUGGGGGAUCUCCUAAGAGCCCCAGCUCCCGGGAAGAGGAGGACGGCGUCCGGCCAGCCCAUACGUCCCGUUCAACCCUCCCUCUAUCCCCGGGGACCGCUGCGCGGAGAUCCCGCCUGCGCCCUCCCCGAACCUGCACCGCGUCUCCGGCUCCAAGGACCUGAGUUCCUUCGGGGUCGUGGAGACGAGUUGGAGUUUUCUAUUUAAAAAAAGCCCCACAAAAAAACUAUAUAUCUGUUUUCUAUUCCCUCCCUUCCCUCCCCCGGCCCCUCUUCCCCCGAGCCCUUCUCCGAUCCUGAUGAAAAAUCAUAUCUGGGACUGCACCCCCAGGGCUCCCAUGGCCGCGGCGAUGCCCUGCAAGAGCGCCGAGUGGCUGCAGGAGGAGCUGGAGUCCGGCGGAGGCGCUUCUCUUCUGCUGCUAGACUGCCGGCCCCACGAGCUCUUUGAGUCGUCGCACAUCGAGACAGCCAUCAACCUGGCCAUCCCGGGCCUCAUGCUGCGACGCCUCAAGAAGGGCAACCUGCCUAUCCGCUCCAUCAUCCCCAACAACGAAGACAAGGAGCGAUUCGUCAAGCGUUGCAAGGCCGACACAGUACUGCUUUAUGACGAGGCCACGGCAGAGUGGCAGCAGGACUCUGGGGCGCCCAGCACCGUGCUCGGGCUGCUCCUGCAGAAGCUGCGGGACGACGGUUGCAAGGCUUAUUACCUCAAAGGUGGCUUCAACAAAUUUCAGACGGAGUACUCCGAACAUUGCGAGACCAACCUGGAUAGCUCUUCUCCCAGUAACUCCCCUCCCACCUCUGUCCUCGGCCUGGGUGGCCUGAGAAUCAGUUCUGACUGCUCUGAUGGGGAGUCAGACCGAGAACCCAGCAGCGCCACCGAGUCCGAUGGAAGCCCAAUUCCCAACAACCAACCUGCUUUCCCCGUUCAGAUCCUUCCCUACCUAUAUCUGGGUUGUGCCAAAGACUCCACUAACCUGGAUGUCCUGGGCAAGUAUGGGAUCAAGUAUAUCCUGAAUGUGACACCCAACCUGCCCAACAUGUUUGAGCAUGAUGGAGAGUUCAAGUACAAGCAGAUUCCCAUCUCAGAUCACUGGAGUCAGAACCUCUCGCAGUUCUUUCCUGAGGCCAUUACUUUCAUUGACGAAGCCCGGUCCAAGAAGUGUGGGAUUCUGGUUCACUGCCUAGCGGGCAUCAGUCGCUCUGUGACUGUCACAGUGGCCUACCUGAUGCAGAAGAUGAACCUGUCCUUGAAUGAUGCUUAUGACUUUGUGAAGAGGAAAAAGUCCAACAUCUCCCCGAACUUUAACUUCAUGGGGCAGCUGCUGGACUUUGAGCGGACAUUAGGGCUCAACAGUCCCUGUGACAACCGUGUCCCCAGUGAGCAGCUGUACUUCACCACCCCCACCAACCACAACCUGUUCCAGCUGAAUACCUUGGAGUCCACAUGAAGAUGAAUCUUGAGUCCUGCCAGGAACUGGAGCCUUGGAGAAUUUUCUCUUGAGCAUUUCAAAAAAUAAUAAUAAUAAUGAAAGCAAGAAAUAUCUGUGUGUUAGUUCUUUGCCAGUCUUGAGAGAACUCGAUGCCUUCGAGCCGAGUGGGCCUGAUUGCUGCUUUUAAGGAAGAAAAUAAAUUACCCGGCUUGGGUCGAUGGUUAGUGUCCUGAGGCCAAUGGCCGUGGAUCAGAGAGCAGGCUCUGCUUGCAAGUUAUUUCAUGUGGGGGUAAUUGUGGCCACUGCCAGCGCCCGCCACCUGCAGUAAGUGCUUUUCGGAGGGACUUGCAUAGCCAGCGGCCAUUGUGUCCAGAGUGGGGAGAGAGUGCCCCCUGGCCGCUCCCUCAGGGCAGAAAGCGAGAGGACAUCCGAAGCGCUUGGCAACCUCCAACAAAAGUGUUGGCCCAAGACUGUUUAAAUAUACGAACACACACACACACACACACACACACACACACACACACACACACACGAGUUUACCUCUGGGGAGGUAAAUCGGAAUUCUACAGAGAACAGAGUGCUCAGAUCUUUUUGAAAAAAUUCGUAAGUUCCAGGCUGUGUGUACAGAAAACAAUGGUGGGUUGCAGAAACUAGUAUUUAAUUUCGUUCUUGUUCCGGGAAAAGAAAAAUAAUUGUUCUUGGUUGUUUUUUUAAUGGAAAAGAUAAUCGAAUGUUUAUAUUGACCAAAUGCAUUUUGCACACUUUGUGAAGCCUUGAUAUGUCCCGACAUAUUAUUGGUGCUCCACAGAGAAACACACGCUGCUGUUUGUCACUGGCAUCUAGUAGGAAGCUUUGUGGUUGUGAAGGCUAGUUCAGGUCUUUAAAAUCUCUCCCCCUCUCUCUUCACCUUCCCCCAUCUAAAACUGCACUGAGAUGCUUGAAGCUACAAGUGAUUUUAUUUUUUUUAAUUUUGUCUUUGCUCCCUUAUCUCCCUUUCCCAAAGAAAGAACUGGUUUCAUAUCACCGGAGACAAACCUCAUGUAGCCUGCAAAGCCAAGUGUGAGUGAAGAGUGAGAGUGAGAGAUGUUUGAGUUAGUGUUUGGUGAGUGCUGCUCACGAUGAGUGACAAUGUUAUCCAGCUGGCCUGUGAAAAUUCCAGCUUCUGAAGGAAAGAAAACUACUUGUGAUAUUGGCAUUUCUUCACCUAUUAUAAUGUAGGGGGUAGAGCAGCCAGGGGAUUGAUCAAUAAAGAUAUUUAGCGAACACUGCGCAGAGCACAGUGCUUGUAAGAAAGGAUCUACCCCUCUGGUGACUGGAGUUGAGGGGCCUUGGGUAUCUGUUCAGACCCCAAUCACCUCAUUCAGGUGAGGGGAGAAUCUGGAAAAAAAAGAUACUGCAACUGAGAGCCCAGAUUUUAUUUUGAAUUCUUUGAUGUCCUUUCAAAUUGGCAUCAUCAAAGCCAUUGGAAUGCAAAUGAACUUCUGAUGGAGGUCUUAAACAAUUUGUCUUGCUGUGCCUUUAAUAAAGAGAAGACUUGUUUAUA